AUGACCAGCAACUACAUCAAAAUCGCAUUUGCGCUGUGUUUCCUUGUUUCCGUUUGCCUGGCAAAGCCCGCGGCCAGUGGUGACGAGGAAAUCAAAGACCUGCCAACUUACCUGAAAAAGUUCGAAAAAUUAGACCUGGAAAAGGCGCUCGCAAACGAACGCGUGCUGGACAACUAUCUCAAGUGUUUCCUCAACGAAGGCCCGUGCACCCAAGAGGCCAGAGAUUUGAAGAGUGAGUAUACCUAUACGACUAUACCUAGGAUAAGAAACGAUAUUUACCAUAAUAUACAGUAUACGCCGAGUCGUUUGUAAAAUUAUCGAAAAUCAUUGUUGUUUAUUCCAUAUUUUUAUUCUGAGUGCAGCGAGAAACGUAUCGGUCUUACUAUGGUGUGCGCGAUUUAUUUCUCAUUUUUUUUUGUUUUUUUUUUGUCUGUCAACAACUUUUCUACCAGAAAUCUGACUCCGAUAAAAAAAACCACCAUAGAGUUUUUUCUAGAAUAUUGAGUUAAGUUAUUAUAUUGGUUAUUGUAUUUUUCUUUUUUUUUUAUUUGCUUUGUAAUUUGUAAUUUUCUUUAUAUCUGGGAAAAAAAGAAAGAGUAGAAAAAUUGGUAAAAUUACAGAAAUAACGGUUUUAUUAUUUCCGUUUUUGAUUUUUAUUGAAAAUCGGUUUAAAAUAAUCGCAGGGACUUGAAAUUUAUACAGAACACUUAUAUUGACAUUUUCUUAACAUGUGAGCUAUUUUUUUUUUUAUUGUUCAUUUGAUUUUAUGUAGAUAAAUUGUUUUGUCCGAUCAGAAAUAUUUGAAAAUUCAACGCGAGGUUAAAAUUAAUAUUGAGCGCGAUGUGAUAAUUUUUUUUUUUUUAUAUAAGAAUUUUAAGUUCAAAUUUUAAAAAAAAUCGUAAAAAUCGUGGCAUUUCAAAUCAUGUUAAAUAGAACUUACUCAAAAUCGCGUUUCGCUAGCAAUGAUCAAUGGUUGGGUACAGAUACAAAUUAAAUCAAUUUAUAUAUUUUAUCUACCUAAUUCCCAUGUACAACAGUGGCACAUCCAACUCUUUAAAAAAUAAAAAAUAAGAUAUUUUCACGAAUUUUAUUAUCGUUGACUGAUAAAAGCGCGACACUGUGGAAUUAUUUACUCACUGGAGUUGCCGAGUCUAAAAAACAAAAACAAAAAAAAUCGUCUCGGGAGGUACAGACUCACUUUAGUGCACUUAUUGGAAUUGCUUUUUGUUGAACGUUUAUCAUGUUUUGAUAUUGACUUUUCGGUUGUUGUUUUUUUUUUUUUUUUUCAGAAGUGUUCCCGGCCUUGGCCAAGACCCUGUGUAAAGGGUGCGAAGAAAAACAACUGACGUCUAUCAAAAAGGCGUUCAAAUACGUGAAGGCGAAAAGACCGGAACAAUGGGAUCGACUGGUCAAGAUAUACGACCCGACCAAUGCCAAUCUCAACAAAUUCCUCGGAUCAUCGUGA